AUGGAAGAAUCCUCCAAGAAUCCGCCGCUUCCGGUUUCUAAUUCCACCGCCGCUGGCAAAGGUGGCAGGAAAAGCCCCACCAUGACAAAGAAAGGUGCCUGUGCUGCCAUAUCUUACAUGGCUUGUGCUGUUCUUUUGGUAAUAUUCAACAAAGCAGCACUUUCUUCGUAUAAUUUUCCGUGUGCAAACGUCAUUACACUUUUUCAGAUGUUUUUUUCAUGUUUGUUUCUCUACGCAUUGAGAUGUCGGAAGAUUAUUUCUUUUACAUCCGAUCAAACACUUGGCUUCACCAAUCACCCGGCGAAACUUGUUCCGCUGAAGUCUAUAAUUCAUACCCUUCCUUUGACAAUUUCAUAUUUGCUUUACAUGGUUAUCUCAAUGGAAUCUAUACGUGGGAUCAAUGUCCCUAUGUACACAGCCCUUAGACGGACAACCAUUGCUUUUACAAUGAUGAUGGAGUAUAUUUUGUUGGGACAGAAACAUUCUCCAUAUGUUGUUUGUAGUGUAGGAACGAUCAUAUUGGGUGCAUUUGUAGCCGGGGCUCGGGACUUGUCAUUUGACUUUUACGGAUAUUCUGUUGUAAUCGUUUCAAACAUCACUACUGCAAUAUAUCUCUCUUGCAUAUCUCGGAUUGGAAAAUCCAGUGGCCUUAAUAGCUUUGGUCUUAUGUGGUGCAAUGGAAUAAUUUGCGGACCAAUCUUGCUAAUAUGGGCAUCUUUCAGAGGUGACCUAGAAACGACCAUGAAUUUCCCGUACUUGUACUCGCAUGGUUUCCAGGUUGUUAUGCUUCUAUCAUGUGUUAUGGCAUUCUUAUUGAAUUACACAGUGUUUUUGAAUACAACUCUUAAUUCGGCACUCACUCAAUCGAUCUGCGGAAACCUAAAGGACCUGUUUACAAUUGGUUUUGGCUGGCUACUAUUUGGUGGACUUCCUUUUGAUUUGUUAAACAUUGCGGGUCAAUCUCUUGGUUUCUUGGGAUCCGGCUUAUACGCUUACUCUAAACUCAAAGGGAAGUAG